AUACAAUAAAAGCUCAUCAACAACACUUUAAAAUGUAAUGGCCCAAAGCCUAAGAAGGAAACAGUAACCUGCCCUUAGGUCAUCAUUUGGGUUCUCCACCUUUUGCAUCUUCAGUCUAUUCAAGCCUCAACCAGCUCCAGUCUUCUCACUGAAGAUGAAAAGCGUGUUGCUGCUACUGCUGCUGUUACUGCUGGAUUUCUGCACUUCCAGACUGCAGGGAGAACGGGUAGAGAAGAUUGAGCAAUGUGAAUCCCGUUGUUCACAGGGACUCCGUUGUAAGGUGAAGCCUCAUUUGUCUUUUGAGCGAUGCAAGAAAUGGCCAGGGGACAUGACCAGAGAUGUAUUUAGGAACACAAGCAUCUCCACUGUGAUGAAGUGUGAAGGGGAUCGACGGUGUUCUCUUUACCUCCGAGUCAGCACUCAUCUACAGCUAAAGAAACACAUCCACGGCAUCUACAUGUGCACAGUCAGUGCAGCGAUGAUGGAACACUGCAGGAUUGUGACCUUCUCACGCACACAUAAAGAUAAAGUGAUGGACCAUCAGGUGAAUAUUCAGGACGAUUGUCUGGAAGUAGGCAUAGGGCAGGACGUCUACAUAACCCUCCAAACGUGGCCACAAUUCUGUGAUGUGGCUUAUUCCAGAGCAUACCGUGUCCCAGACUGCAGCAACAAGGACCUACAAGGGAACAUUCCUGAAUGCACCACCGGCAAGAUUGACUAUGAGGUGGACUUGGAGAGUAAGGAAGUGCAUAUAAGUGUGUCAGACAUGCUGGUGGACAGGGACUACCAUGUUAGACUCUGCCACAAGGAUUACAUCUGCAUUGGCACUGGAGCUCACGUAUUGUUAAAAAAGGAGAAUCCAGUAAAAAAUGUCACUCUGAAGUACUCCAAACCAGUGCCCUGCUUGUGCAUUGAGGGCUGGUCUGUCAUGACAGAUGCUUCCCGGGUUCAAGUCUGCCCUUUCAAAAACCGUGUUGAGGAACUCUGGUCAGGGAUAACCUUUGACCAUGUGGAGCAGAAAAUGUCAUGGAAGUCGUCAUGCCAAGUUAAUGCGGUCAUUUCACUGUGUGAGAUGCAAGACGAAGAUGUAUGCCAAGACCUUGCCAAUUCUUCUCAGAGAUAUGUCAAAGGAAUGGUGACAUAUUCAGCAGUGGAUCCUCAUCCCCGGCUUUGCAUGAAGUUCGUCACAGAGAUCGGGGCAUGGAUAAAGUGCCCAUUUUCAGAUGGGAAUUUCCCAGCCUGGAACGUGGACGUUUCUACUGAAGAGAACCAGCCACAACUGCUUGUGACGUCCCGUGUCAAAGCAAACCUCUCUUUGAGUGUAUGUUCCAAGACUGGGGCUUCUGGGUGUGAGGACACACAAAUCAUCUUAGUUGAUGUGGAGAAAUUUAAACAAGUGCAGCCAAAUCUGGCUAUGGAUCUUUGUACAUCAAGUCUCUGCAUAAAGGCAAAGCGUGUGGAUGUAAAAUAUGGAGUCACCACUCUCUAUUGCCAAUCCUCAUGCUCACGUUCUUCCUCCAAGCCCACAGACAGUGACAGUAAAUGGCAGCUUAUGUAUGUCAUUUUACCAGCAAUGACACUGAUUACAGCUGUAGCUGUGGCUGCUGCUGUGAUGAUUAUUGCGAUGAUUGGUUACCAGUUCAAAAGAACAAUAAAUGCUCGCGGCAUUGCACGCUUACCAGGACCACACACAGCCUUCUUCUCUCCAUUGACUGAGGAGGUGAACUCAAAAACUGAGCUGAUGUCCACAGAAGCAUGUGAUGAUGGAAAUAGCUCAGAAAACUCUCAGUUACAAGACUCUGAAAGGUCCAAUCUACUGAAUGACUUCACAAACCAGUUAGAAGUGUAGCUCUGAAGAUUGCUCAAGAUGGAAUGUGCUGUUUUCAUUUUGCUUUGCAUUGCUUAUUUCUUUAUUGGGGUAAAAACAGGGAAAAAUUUGAAAGAUAAUAUUCUUACCUUCAGCGCAAAAAAAACAAAAAAAACAAAAAUGACUUUAUCCAGCUUUAAAAGUCUUCAAAACUUUGCAACUUUUAAAAGAUUGUUGCAUACAUUUCUGCUUUUGUGUUAGAGAGCAGAAUACAUUUAUUUAUAUGAUAUGUGUGGUUUAUAUUAUUGUAAGAUACUUAUUUUUUUACUUGUUUCUGUUGAAUAUCACUGUUAUCUGGACAUUGUUGUGCUAUAGGUCAUGUUUAAAUCUCUUAACACUGCCAUUUUGUACGUGUAAGUUCUCAAUAAAGUGUUUCACAUGUUGA